UCGGCCCCCCUCUCUGCGGACUAGCGAGAUGACCUUCACAGGGAUGUCGACAACAGGACGGACAUGCUGCUCAGCCCCAUCCAUGUCUUUGCACGUUUGCUGGAUCCUAUGUUGAGGGACAUUACUAUUUUCAGUAAUGUCGACCUCAUGGCACAGUUCGAGAGCGUUGUGGAGCGGCUGAUCGGGAAGCGUGGGAGCUCGAGAUUUGACGACUGCAUGGAUCAGUUGUAUGAGUUCCAGUUUGGGAGAGGAGUCUUCGGCACCCCGCAGGCAAAGAAACGGGUUGAGAAGGACAAUACGGUGCUAUGGUGGGAGGCGCAUGGUGCAGGGCAUCCAGAGAUCCGAGAGCUGGCGCUGAAGGUGCUCUCCAUCCGGACGACUUCCUCUCCGGCUAAGAGGAACUAUAUCCAAGAGCUGGCGCUGAAGACGAAGUCGAGGAACAAGUUGCACCACCAGCGCACCGAGAAAUUGGUGGCCUCGCACUGGAGUUUGAGGCUCAAGAGUAGGGGGCAGGAUGGGGUCACUGUUGCAGGAGGAUGGUUGGGGCUCGCAGCCAACUGGGAGGACGAGGACUUGGAGGGUGACAUGGCAAAUGUCACAGAGGCAGUUAAUGACAUUGAGGCAGCUGGUGAGGGCACUGCUUCUGCGGUUGGCAGCACAAACAUUCGCCCCGAUCCCACAGCGCCGUCCACUUCAAGAUCGGUGCAGAGGUUGGUGGAGGUGGAGGUGGAGGAGAAGGAGGAGGAGGAGGCCGAUGAGGACAAUGACGAUGAUGUUCCCGACGAGGAGUGGGUGGACGAGAGAUCGGACUCGGACAGAUCGUGGACGCGGAGAGAGGGCAUGGCCCCCUAUGUUAAAGGCACACAAUCUGGAUUAAGGUCCCGGACGCGGGCGCGGCCAGAGGCGCAGCAAGGGGAGCAGCAGCAGCAGGACCAGGUUGAGCAGCAGCAGGACCAGGUUGAGCAGCAGCAGGAGCGGGUUGUGCAGCAGAAGCAGCAACAGGAGCAGCAGCAGGAGAAGCAGCAGGAGAAGCAGCAGGAGCAGCAACAGGAGCAGCAGCAGGAGCAGCAACGUGGGCAAGGGGAUAAGGAGCAGCAGCAGCAGCGAGGGGAUGAGGAGAAGCAGCAGCAUGAGACGGAUGAGGAGCAACCGCAGCAGAGGGAGAAGGAGCUGCAGCAAUAGAGGGUGAAUCCCGCAGUCCAGCAGGAGACCGCAGUGCAGUCGUCAAGAGAUGUGCACGAGGAGGGUGAGGCAGAGGGCGAGCAGGGUCGCAGCGCGGUGCGAGGAUU